UGCAAUAGAGCGAAGCUUAUGCAGUCGUGAAGUAAGUUGCUUAUUCUGUAAUUUCUUUUUGUUUGUUUUGGAAACUUCAAUUUCAGUGAUUAUAAAAAAUGCUCUAGUUUUGUUGCUAUAGGAAAACUUGUGUGAGCCCUGCGGAUGCAGUUGCACAGAAAAUUUCAAGCUGCCUGGUAUUCAUUGUAGUUGGAGUUGCUUUAGUCUUAUGCCUUCUCAUGGGUUUUGGCAUUCUUUGGUUCAGAGGCUGCUUUGGAGGCAGGUUGUCUGGGAGCAAGGAGACAACCUUGCAAUUUUAAAAGCAGAUGUAAAGAAUCAAAUGAAGCUUGUAAACAGCUUAAAGAAAAAAUCACUUUGGUCAAAGACUUUUGAAGAGGUUAUGCCGAAGCUUGUAGACAUUGUACAAUUAUUGCACUUCAAAAUUCAUGAAGCUUUUGAAAGUACUGAUGAUGAUGAACCAGUGAAAUGUUCUCUGAGGAACUGUGAAAGAUAAACCACUUAUGAGAAAUUUUGUAUCAAACUGCUCAAGGCUUUGAACUGAGAUGAUGGAAAUGAAAGGCAAUGUGGAGUCAUUGGGAGAUCAAGCUCGGAACACCCAGCAAAUUGUAUUAUUCUUUAUCAUCAUGUAAAUCUUAUGAAAUUAGAAAGCUUGUUAAGCUAAUGAAAUGGAUUAAUGCUUUAUGAAAUUGCCUUUGUUGGAUCUAUUGGAGUUUAUUAUCAAAGUUGUUUUUAGUAAAAUAUUAGUGUCACUUUCAUACCACUCUCAACUAAGUAAAAACAAUUGUCCAAGGGAGCUAACACAA